CAAGGGACGCGAAACUCAUUCAGUCAUUCGCUACACGAACGCUCGACACGUGCGACCAUUCCAAGUCUCUGCCCAGUUACGAGGCGUCUGUCGGCGUAACUUUAAUAACUUAAAUCAGUGUACAUCUAAUCAAUCGUAAUGGCUGAGGAAUAUUUAUACGGAAUCACCUUGGAAGGACCCAAUGCCACUGAAGUCUGGGAUCCCGAACACAAAAACGAGGACGCUGAUGGGGCUAAUCAGCAUUUUGGUGCUGACCAAAAACUCAUCAUUAAAAUGGCACUUUUGGGCCCAGAGGCUAAACCCAGUGAGUUGAACGUUCUACAAGUUGAGGCAAUGGGACUCAAAGGACCUAUCAAAACUCCAAUUGCAUUACUGGAAUUGGGAAAAACUGCACAAAUUAUACUCGAUUUGAGUUUCCCUGAUCCACCAGUCACGUUCACCCUAAUCAAAGGAAGUGGUCCAGUCCACAUAGUAGGACACAAUCUCCUUGGAACGCAUAUGGAUGAAUUUGAAGACAUGGAAGAUGACAUUGACGAAGAAAUUAUUGAUGAAGAAGACGAUGAAAAGGCCGCAUAUAAGAAACGGAAACUUACUGCCGAGGGUAAAAAAAAUGGCACCAAACGCGCCAAGAUGGAUGAGGAGGAUCCAGAAGACGAGGAUGAUGAGGAUGAAGAACCAAAAAAGAAAAAUGCAAAAAUAGCGGCUCCGGCCAAAAACAAAAACCAAGCCAAUAAGAAUAAGAAAAAAUAAGCCUCCAGUGAUUCUUGUAACGAAUAAACGCAACUUAGGCUAGGCUCUUGAAUCGACUUCCAAAAUAGGUCCCGGGGCCAUGACAGGGUCAAAACUGAAAAUCAUACUUGGAAGGAUUUAUCGUAUACAGAGGAUGCUCAUCAACUUCAUCGACCCUAUCGAAUUGAAUUUUAAAGUUUCCGUGACUCUUCGAACAUCAAGAUAGCAAUCUACAGUUCGGAUUUGAAAAUUUGUGAAUACGUCAAACAAGGAUACCAGAUUUACCACGUGAAUUUUAUCUCAUUCUCUUUCCACAACCCAGCUUCCAAUAAAACAUACGUUUUAGCAUUAUUAUUCCUAUUAUUAUUGUUAUUAUUAUUAUCAUUAUAAUCAUACUACAUGAAAUGAUCCCUCUUGCAAAUCAUGAUAAGUAAUUUUUCCUCCCGCCGAAGUCCACUGUAUUUAUUUCUGUAGUCGAAGAUAAUCUUGUUGUAAUCUCUAAACUAGGAGAAGCAGAAAAGAUAGAACAUUGUCAUCUCUCGAUAUUCAUUCCAUUUGUUGAAAAAAAACUUAACUGUCGUCGGCGUACAGACUCGUGGCGAAAACGUGUGUUGUAUACAUUGGUUUAAUAACGUAUAAUACCCAUACGUCUGUAUACUCUUUUGUACAUAUACGAUACAAUAAAAAUUUCACUUAAAUUUUA